AUGGAAAAAGUAUUAUUUUAUGAAAAGCUGCAAGAAUAUUAUGUAACGAAGCCGAAGAAAAAACCUUUUAGUCAAGAUGAACAAAUUCAAAUGAUCACCGAAAUUGAAGCUGCUAAAACUAAAACAUGUACGAAAACACGCCGAGAGUAUUAUUUACUCGCAACAUAUACAGUGUUUAAAGUUGCAGGCCAAAAUUUUUUGAUAUACAAACCUACUGAAAAUGAAGAAAAUAUUAGGUAUAUUGUAAGCUAUGAAGAUUUAUAUGACAAAAUAAAGAGCUUUCAUAUAAAUACUGGGCAUGGUGGAAAUGUUAAACUUCGAAUGGCAAUACAAAAAGAGUACUACAUUCCGAGACCAGCUAUCGAAAUUUUUUUAACAGUAUGUCAAACUUGUAGCUGUAAGAAGUCAAUGAACCGCAAACUCGUUAUUAAACCUAUUACAUCAAAUGAUUUUAACGAAAGAGGACAAGUGGACCUAAUUGAUUUUCAGUCUGUUCCAGAUGGAAAGUAUAAAUGGAUACUUAACUAUCAGGAUCACAAUACAAAAUUUAUAUCCCUCCGUCCUAUGGAAAGUAAAAUGGCUAUAGAAGUCAGUACUCAUUUGCUAAGUAUUUUUCUAACAUUUGGAGCGCCUAGUAUUUUACAAAGUGAUAAUGGCCGGGAGUUUGUUAACUGUGUUAUCGAUGAAUUAAAACAACUCUGGCCGGAGUGUGUUAUUAUACAUGGACGUCCAAGGCAUCCUCAGAGUCAAGGGAGUAUUGAGCGGGCCAAUCAAGACGUUGAAAAUAUGUUAAGAGCAUGGAUGCAAGACAAUGUGUCCCAGAGAUGGUCAAUCGGUCUUCAAUUUGUUCAGUGGCAAAAAAAUUAUUCAUAUUUAUAA